AUGGCCGGCAGCUCCUUCUGCCUGAGUCCCAAGUUUUUGGCCCAUGCUUGGUCCAUGUCCAGGAAGAAUGAGUUACCAAAGACGUUGGAAGAGGUGGCUAUGGACAUCACCUGGGAGAAGUGGAAGCAAAUGGACCCUGUUCAGAUGUCCAUAUACAGAAACAUGUUGGAAAAAUAUAGAAACCUGGUUUUGCUAGGAUGGAAAAAAAAACCUUGUAAAUAUAGUGAAUGUGGGAGAACCUUCAGAGGCCACAUCACUCUUGUUCAGCAUCAAAGAACUCAUUGUGGAGAGAGACCCUGUAAAUGUACUGAGUGUAGAAAGGGAUUUAAUCAGAGUUCCCACUUAAGAAAUAAUCAGAAAACUCUUUCAAGAGAAAAGCCCUACAAAUGCAGUGAGUGUGGGAAGGCCUUCAGUUAUUGCUUAGUUCUUAAUCAACAUCAGAGAAUUCACAGUGGAGAGAAACCUUAUGAGGGUACUGAAUGUGGCAAGACAUUCAGUCGUAGUACAUACCUUACUCAGCAUCAAAGAAUUCACACUGGUGAGAAGCCCUAUACAUGUCUUGAAUGUGGAAAGGCUUUUAGUCAGAACACACAUCUUACUCUACAUCAGAGAAUCCAUACUGGAGAGAAACCUUAUGAAUGCAAUGAAUGUGGUAGGUCCUUUAGUCAGAGUACACAUCUUACUCAACAUCAAAGAAUGUAUACAGGAGAAAAACCCUAUGAAUGUAAUGAAUGUGAGAAAGCCUUCCAUGAUCACUCAGCUCUUAUUCAACAUCAUAUUGUCCAUACUGCAGAGAAACCCUAUGAAUAUCAUGACUGGGAAAACUUUCAGUUACUGUUCAGACCUCAUUCAACAUCAGAGAAUGCACACUGGAGAGAAACCAUACAAAUGCAAUGAAUGUGGGAAUGCCUUUAGUGAUUGUUCAGCCCUUAUUCAGCAUCAAAGAACUCACACUGGAGAAGAGCCUCAUGAAUGUAAGCAAUGUGGAAAAGCCUUUAGCAGAAGCACACAACUUACUCAACAUCAGAGAAGUCACGCAGGAGA